AAUUUGCUAAAUGAUUUGCUGAUCCUUGAUACAAAGCUAAUAUUCUCGAGAUUGCUAAAUGAUUUGCUGAUCCUUUAUACAAAGCUAAUAUUCUCGUCAAAUAAACAGCCUGCCUGAGGGCUUCAUGCGUGUUUUAUAACUUAUAAGAACUACAAAUUUCUUCAAUUACAAGCAAAAUGUCCCCGAAGGCAAAAAGUGAGGCGUGGGCAGCACGAGAGUCAAGCGAGCAACCGCUAGGGUGCAGCUCGGUGGCCUCUAGUCCGUCUUCUGGGGUGGACAGCGGCUUACCGAGCCCUGCGAAUUCCUCUGACGAAGAACAAGAGAACGAAGCUCCGUCUGCAGAAGACCCGCCUCAGAAUCGCUGUCUUUUUAGCUCCCGAUCUUUGGUGGAUGAGAAGAACCCGUCACGUAUUUCCCGGAAGGUUUCACCGUAUGCAAAGCAAUGCGGCGUGCCGAAAACGCAAUCGCCUAAACCCGAGCUCGUAGAUCUGCUCGAAAAGGUUGCCAACUCGCCCAAGGAGGCCGAACGAAUGCACCUACGACUCAUUGCAUCCAUAAUGACUGUGCUGAGCGUUGACAAGUUCAGCGACUUUGAGUGCGUGUCGGAAGCUCGCAAACUUUUGGAAGUUACCAUCAAACUCACGGAGAGCUUCCUGCUGCACCAUUUGCUGCGCGUUUUCAGCCACAGCAUCUCGUGCCAUGACGACAAGUGCGUGAAGCCUUGCCUCAUGUUCCGCCGCAUCCGAGGUCAUCUCGUCAAAGUGGAUCACAAAUGCGCCCUGGUUCACGUCUACUCACACCUGACGCGCAUGCACGUCGACACUUGCGUGGCUGAGAAGUGUGGCCUGCCAACAUGCAAGGGACUACAGGCUUAUCGAGAACGAGAGAGCAACCAAGUCCUUCCUCGCAACUUCCGUGACAUCGAGCAAAAGUUGGCCCUCGCCCUAGGAAAACCGCCUCAGAUCACCGCCAAGAAUGCCGUACCGCCAGUCAAACCUGAAAAUACCGAAGAAAACAAAGAAAACCUGAAAGAAGAAGCUAACUGUAAACCAAUUGAAAACAAGACGCUGAGCCAUCUGAAACUAAGCGAAAACACGGCCGUCAUGACAAAGGAAGUUGAGGAAGCCAUGGACCUCUCGCAGCGCGUCUCGAAACUGGAGAUGCGGUCUACCAGUACUGAGGAGCGGGUCGAAGACUAGUGAUGGCGGCGCAUUUCUUGAAUCCUGCUGGACUUGACGAGGCUCUAGUUUAAUGCAGUUCUGGGUGCACUUGAGGAUUGCUUCCGUAGCAAAUGCUCAUAGUAACGCCCAUGGAACUGCGUUAGUGUAGAGUAUCUUCUAGACUUGAGGGUAUAGGAAAUGCGCCGGUGUAUUCGCGACGAGUUGGUGAUGUCAUGUCGAAAUAGUUCUGUAAUUUUUUUACCUACAUUAAUUCAAGCCAAAAUAUUUCAACAUUUUCAAUUAGCGCGAAUUCAAAGUUUGUUGUGAAAAUAUGAAUGUCAAUCGGAUUCAUCAAAGUUCAGUUUCACGAUCGAAUUUGUUGGUCAGUUCCGCUGAUGUUGGGAAUCUUUCACUGUGAAACUCAUUUCAAACUCAACUCUACCGAGUCAAACAUGAAUGUUCUAAUCAUCAGGAACCCAACUUUCGUGUUGUAAACAUGUAACAUACGUUAUAAAGAAAACUCAAAAAGUUAUGCUUAGACUAUAAUGUUUAUUUUUAUGUACUUGAUGACAUGAUGGAGCCGCGGAGCGAACACUUUGGUGCGAAUAUAUAAGCAAAGAAGUCGUCUCCUGAUGCACCUGCUAGUUGCAUGUGCAACUAGCAGGAGCAUCAGGAGACGAUACUUCAUAACUUCUGUACCUUUCUCUCGAAUCUCGAACUGAGCUUCUGCUUUAUGAACGAAGUCUCUUGACUUGACCUUUGGUCAGCGAAUUCAAUUUCGUUUCUAAAACCAAACAUUUCUAUCCAGCCUCUGCAAUGAUAGACUCUAAGAGGUCUACCAUUAGUCGCUAGCUGAGAACUCUGGUCUGGCGUCAGUAUGUCGACUGAUUCCUAACCUAAUAACUAACUAACUAACUAAAAACUUACCAAGUGAAAACUUACUAAAUAACUAAUUAAAGAACAUUUGUCCCACUUUAUCCAAGGUUAUAAUCCUAGAUUGUGGUCAGUUGAUGUUAAACCAAUCUCGUCUACUAUCAGUUGGUUCUCGACCACUCUCGUCAACUGUUUGUUGAUUCUAGAACAAUUUCGUCUACUGUCUCUUGAUUCUUGAACAAUCUCGUCUCCUGUCCCUUGAUUCUAGAACAAUCUCGUCUACUAUCUCCUGAUUCUAGAAAAAUUUUGUCAACUGUCUCUUGAUUCUUGAACAAUCUCGUCUUUUGUCUCUUGAUUCCAAAACAAUUUCGUCUACUGUCUCUUGAUUCUAGAAAAAUUUCGUCAACUAUCUCAUGAUUGUUGAACAAUCUCGUCUACUGUCUCUCGAUUCUAGAACAAUCUCGUCUACUUUCUCUCGAUUCUAGAAGAAUUUCGUCAACUGUCUCUUGAUUCUAGAAGAAUUUCGUCAACUGUCUCUUGAUUCUAGAAGAAUUUCGUCUACUGACAUGCGAUUCUAGACCAUUCGCGUCUAUUGUCUGUUCGGAUAAUUUCCGGUCAAUCAGCUUAUGCUGCUUAUUUCAAAGAAGCCUAGACGAGUCCAUUAUAGACUCGCAUUUGUUCGUUACCAGUUUAUUUCAAAUGAACCGUGCACUGCUGUCGUAUGCUUGCGAUUUGAAAAUUUUGUGUGGUUUUGAAUCUUUCAACUCGGUUCUGGAAAUUGCGGAGCCCUAAAACACUUCUUGUGUAUGUAAGCUUGUGUUGUAAAAUUACUUGAAAUGCUGAUACUUAUCGAUUUUUUUCAUGUUUUUUCCUCUUGUGUAAGAAAACACCGGAAUGUCCUAUGAAUUUCUUAGCUUUGGCUUCUGUAUUAACCAACUUCUGUUCUUUGCAUGUUUUUCGACUGCAACCUUGUGGGCAAUAUUAUCAGUGAAAUUUUAAACUGAGAAAAAUUGCUCAUCCUUCCAUCGUUUUACCUUAAGUUUUAUCUUGAAGAAAUUUGCGUAACUUCAUUUUGAAUUUAUGUUGAACUUUACGUUUCUAAAAUUUCUCGCGUGUACCUCCGAGUCGUUAUAUUUUUGGGGUUCUUUGUUUUUGCUCUAUACGAGAAUAUUAUAUUAUUAUAUACGAGGUUGUAGGUACGUUUGAGUUUUGUUUUUUACCUAGCUAGCCUGGACACUUUUAUCCUGCACCUACUUCGUCGUACGUGUUUGGGAGUUCUACGUACUUUCUGGCGUUUAGUAUAUCGGUAGUGGAUUGUAGUUUUAAUUUAUAUCUUAUUCAGUAGUGCUAUUUACCACACGGAUGUUUCUGCGAACCUGCUGACUAUGAGAUAGAGGUACAGCUUUAUGGAACUUAAUAUUGUUGCGAAAUUUCUCCUAUAUACUAAGAAUUUUUUAUUUCCAAAUCAUUCACUGAAACUGGACUGUAAAAUCUCUAUAGUCAGCAGGUAAAAUUAGUUGAUAAGGCCGUAACCUCUAGUGUUGUUUUUAAUCGAUGUGAUUUUCGCGGCUUCUCCUUUUCAGUUGCUCACGAACCAUUGAAAUCAUGUUAGAUUUAUUAGUUUUUCUGCAGCAAAACGUAAUCAUUCAUUAUAGAAUCACUAUCAAAUAACUUGCUGCGCAAUGAUUUAUAAAUGCCGCUGUGUUUAUUUCAAGCGAACAUUUCACGUACAAAAACGACGAAUAUUUGUAAUUUGCUGUGAUCUUUAUCUUUAGUCUUUCAAGUCUGCCAAGACUUAUAUUGAUUGCUUUAUUACUGCUUUACGAUAACCAUCUGCUGUUACACUGAAACCAAUCUGGUUGCACUAUAUUUUUUGCUGCGUUAUAGCAUACUUGAUGUUCUGAGUGUCUUUAUUAAUUAUAUGGCGCUUCAUAUAACUAUUAAGGCGAUAGUUAAGCGUAACACACACGAACUCGUGCAAGCUAGUGCUUCAAUUGGGUAUUUUUAUUAAUUUCGGAAUUUGGUGAUUGGUCAUUCAGUAACGGACUUCGGUCGAAGGUUUGGAUAGUUGCUUUGAAAUUUCGUUUACAAAAUUGUUGAAGCCUAGUAGCAUGUUAUUUUUCUGAUCAGUCAUGAGAUAAAGCGAAGUUCUGCUUUCAUUUCGCUAUCCAUGAAAAUAGUUUUGGACCCACAAGCUAGCUCUGCUAUCCGGGAUGGAAGCGAUUGCGAAACUAAAAGCUAUACAUGGGAGCUUCCAUUGUUUUACCACGUAUACAGGAAUUCUGAAAGAUUGCUAGCCAUGUGGAAAUAAUUGAGAGAAACUGACUUUUAAUCUUCCGUGCAGAAACCUUCCAAACCGAUCAAUACCGGCCAUUGAAAUCAUUAGACACUAGAGCCUGACAAGAAAUGAUUAUUAGCGCUUAUUCCCAUGCUUUUAAAAACUACCUCUUGCAAGCAGCAAUACCUGCCAAAUGAAUCAGAAUGACAUUUGGGUGGUGACUCGGAACGUAAUCAUCACCAGUCAUUUGGGGUGUGACUCGGAACGUAAUCAUCAUCCGUCAUUUGGGUGGUGACUCGGAACGUAAUCAUCAUCCGUCAUUUGGGUGGUGACUCGGAACGUAAUCAUCAUCCGUCAUUUGGGUGAUGACUCGGAACGUAAGCAUCGCGCGUCAUUUGCGUGGUGACUCGGAACGUAAUCAUCACCCGUCAUUAGGGUGGUGACUCGGAACGUAAGCAUCGCGCGUCUUUCAAAAGAGUGCUGUGGUCGCUUUAAAAUUGUGCUUGCAUGAGUUCUGUGUGAGUAUAACAUUAAUAUUUCUUUUUUGUGUGUAAUCUUGUAAUCUUAUAUAGUUAUAAUUUAACGCUUACAGAAAGAGCGGGACUGAAAGUAUCAGUAUAUAUUUUAAGGUAAAGUUGGUUGCCGUGUAUCACGAAAUUUGUAAUAUUAAAUUUGUAACGAAUCAGUCUAUUAAAAGUUUGACCAGUUUCACUAAAUUUCAUCUACAACUUCAGUCGUUGUUGGAUUUGCCACUUUGAGGACUUGACUUUGGAGCAUGUAGUUUUAAUUCUGCGUGGGAUCGUAGUCAAUAUAACCUAGGUUAUUUCUUCUUCAGAACAUUGUUGUAUUUGUGGUUUCAGUCCCGCUCCGGUAUAAAUAUUAGAAAGCUUGUAUGUUAGAAGCUUAUAAAAAUGUUCGUCUAGUUAGUCAAUCCUCGCACGUCCUGUGAAGAAAUUUCCGAGAAAUCGAACAACGACCCUCUAUGGGCACCGACUGCCUUUAGUUGAUGCAUCGCAUUCAUCACCUAAAGGAAUCGACCCAAAAAUAAAUGGUCGACAUGCUUGUACGAUUAUCGGAUUUACGGACGAAGCGUUAGUUGCAGGCUUACUCCGUGUAAAAGUGAAGGUAUUGAAACUGAGGACGCAUCGAGAUUCGGCAAAGCAUUGAUGUAAGAAGCCUGGUAACGAUUGUCGCAUAUUUUUUCCCAUCGGUGGGAGGGUUGAAGGCCGAUGAAUGUAAUUUUUAUCUCCUCCUGUAGGAGCGUUGGUUAUCAUGUUGCAGCUUUUUCGGCCACACGAGAUGACUGAGUUGAGAGACUUGAACGAAUUACACUUUCUUGAUAUCUUUGUUUUUCGUGCGUCAUCAGCGCUCAUGAAGGUUUGUCUUUGAAGAGUUUCCGCGAAUGGUACCGAGUGACGUUUUUCUGGAUUGUGGUAAAAGUUGAUGUUGUCUGGUGGAUACCAUUUAUAGACUGCAAACUAUUACUUUCGAAUGAGCAAAUCGCAUGCCUCGCAACCGCGAAUGAUUGAGUGCAUACUGGGAAUAGUGUGACCGCUUCGUAUUGCAUUAAACGAUGUAAUGCCCUGUAAACUACGACGAACAAAA